GGUGUUCAUUAUCUCGGGACUCCGGGUAACGAGAAGUGAAUCAAACAGUCGAAUUUGACAUUAAUCGUCGUUCUCGUCGUUGUCUUGCUAUAGUUUUUGUGUUAAACAUUAGACUGUUGCUACGGGAAUAAUUUGUUUAUUUUAACAAAAUAUUUAAUAUUUAUUUCAUCAUAAACGACGCUGAGGUGAGUUAAAAUUGAUUAUUAUUAUUGUUAUUGUUAUUUUUUAAAACGUUUUUGUUCAUGGUGCACAUUAUACAUAAUAGAUACGCAUAAGACAAUACAUAUUAGCACAAUACCCAUGUUCGAAUCGGUAUUAUAGACAAGUUUUGUCAAUAAAUUAAAGGGUUGCUCAGUGCACUAUUGGUCUUAAAAUGUGUUCUACGAUUAGUUGUCAUAGUUCUGUGUUUGUGACAUUAGUAUACAUUGGUGUUUUGUGGUUGACCCACAAGGGCAUCUAAAAUUGGAUUUUAGUUGGGUACCUGUGGUAAAUAAAUGCAUUUUACAAUUAGUUUUUGCAUUACCAAUUGAUUUUGAUCGGUAUUGUAUGAAAAAUAUUUUUUAUAUUUUUAAAUAAAUAAUUAUGUACUUAUUUGUUAUUGUCAUACCUAUUGAUGUUUAAACCGCAAAACAUUUUGAGCAAUUUUUGGAUCAUUUUAAGCUAAGAAAAAUUAUCAUUAUUUUUUUGAAAUUUUGUUUUUAUAUUUUUCCAACAUCUAUAUUUUUUUCAGAUGUUGGAAGUUUGUAAUGUAUUAGUAUGCUUUAUUUUUUUUAUAGUAUUUAGAUAAUGUAGUUAUUAUUUGUCAUGUAUAUUCAUUAAUAUUAAUAUAUUUGGCAGGUUGUACAAAUUAAAUUUAAAACUGUGAAUUAUUUAUAAAAAUGUAUUAUCCGUAGGUAGGUAGGUACUUGCAUAUUUUAAACACUGAAUUGUGGCUUUUUUGAAUUCAAUAAUUUAACAUUUUCUGUAUUGUUAUUCAUUAUUUGAUCAAAUGGAGACCUGCAGUGUUUGUUUACUAAUUCAUAACAAAUUUAAAACAAUUUUAAAUAAUUUUCAACUUAAUUCUUUAAUGCGAGAGUGUAACAUAUUUUAUCGUAAAUAAUUUAUUAUUAAAAUGUAAUAUAGGUAACUAGCUGUCUAAGUAUCAUAUUUUAUUAACUAUUUUAAUCCUCUUAGUAAUAUAAUAUUUAAUAAUAGAGUAAUAUAAUAUUUAAUAAUACCAUUGAUUAUACAGGUAUUUUUAUAUUAUAUAAUCAAUGAUUUUACACAAGAUAUUCACUGCUAAAAAAAUUUUAUGAUUAUUUUAUUAAAUAUUUAAAUUCAAAUUAAUGUAAGAUCUGUUGUACAGCAUUUUAAAAAUUUAAAAUAUUAUACAGUAAUUAUGUAAACUAUACAGUUUCCCUAUACAGACUCCCUGUUUCCUUGUUUAAUUUAUUUCUCUUGUUGUUGUCUUGUACAUUAUUAUUAUUACUAUAGUAUCAUUUGGGACUGUUUUAUGGAUGAUAAAAUAAAAUAUUUGAUAGGUAAUUGGUACCUAAAAUACUUCUAGAAAAUUGUAGAAACUGGAACUUUAAUUAUUGUUUUGUUUGUUUGCUAGUUACUUUAUAAAAAAAUUUUUCUUAGUUUUGAAAUAAAAAUGUUUAUAUUUACCUAUUAACAGAAUACAUUUCUUUUGUAUUUGUAAAUAUUCAUUAUAUUAUAGAAACAUUGCAGCUAUUUAGUUUGAGCUAGAAUUUAAAGUAAUUGUUUACUUAAUAUUAAAAUUGUAUGACUAUCAUGCAUUCAAACAUAAUCAUUUUGUUUUUUACAUGAUAACUUUAAAAAAUAUAUUUUUCUAUUUAGUUGGGUACAGUUAAUUAAAUUAAUUAAUAUCCCUACCUAAGUAUAUUAUAAAUACAUCAUUCUUACCUUUUGGAUAUUAUGUUAAUUUUGUUUUUACUAACAUUAUUCGUGUUUAGAAUAAUAUUAUCAAAUUAAUCUAGUUAUUGAAAUUAUAUUGUUGACAAAAAAUAGAAUUAAUACAUACCCAUUUUAGUAGGUAGAUACCUAAUGUUUUCUUUUUAUGUAGGUAUAUUUUAUAGGUAGGUAUCUAAUAUAAAUAAUUAAAGACAUAUUUUUUUUGGUUAAAUCUAUUCAUUUCCACCUUGAAUGAAACAUAAAACAGAUUUAUCUUUAAUAUAAAUACAUAAUUUGACAAAUUUUGUUAGUUUUUCUUAUCCCUACUGACAUUUUUUUUUUUAUUGAACAAUAUGGAAAUUGUAGUGUACUACUAACUAGGAAAUAAUAAAUAAAUUGUCAGGUAGUGUUUUUUUUUUUAACAAUUGAAAACGUAGAUUAUUUAAAUACUUAACACAUGUUGCCCAUAAGUAGCAAGUUGAAGGCUAUAUUUCCAUUUUUGUAUAUGCAGGAAAGAUGUUUUAAAGUAAAUAUAUCAUACAAAUUGACUGUCGAAAUUAUUUUUUAUAUUUUGAAUUGUAGAUAUUUGUGCUUUUGGUAGGACACUCUAUAACUAUUAACUAGACUUAAUAAGCAACUGUAUAUAAACAAUUCUAAUUUAUUUAUUGACCUUAGUUUAAUGAAAAUAGUAAUCAUCCUUUCACCAUUAUUCUGUUUGCAAUUUAAUUCUCGAGAAAUAAAUAGGUAUGUAUAAUGUAUAAUAGUGUACUAUUGUAGGUUGUAAGAAUGAACUCUAUAAUAAUGAUAUAAUAUUGUAAUAAAAAAAUAUAUAUAUAUUUUAUACUUAUAUAUAUAAAUUAAAUAAUGAAUAAAAUAUUUCAAGUAAAUAUUGAUUGUAUUAUUUUUAAAUAGGUGAUAAAAAAACUUUUUAAUUGGUACGAUGACCUUGAUACGAUGACAAUUUUGUAUUGAACUAUUAGAUCAAUGGCGCAACCAUGAUUCACUUUUGAGGGGGGGGGGGUUGAAUUUCAAACAAAUUUCCGGACAUGUUUUUGGGAUAGUAAAUUACUAAAUAGGCGAAGUACAUAUUCAAAAUUACAAGGAAAUGUCUUUAAUUGCAACAUAAAUUACGUUCAAUUUGUAAUCAAAUUUCGGCUGCUCGGGGGUUAUUACAACCAAAUAUUGUGCACUUUCCACGUCUGUUAUAAUAUUGUGUUUGUUAUCAUUUAUGAUAUUAUAGUCUUGAUAUUAUUAGCUUAAACUAAACACCUCCUUCGAUAUCUAUUAAUGUUUUGAGAGUUUUCGAGUUUUUAAUUUCGUUACCUAGGUACGUUUGAUUUAGCAUUAGUCUAUUCAAAUAAAGUCGUUUAACCUCAUAAGGAUUACCCCUAGGUAUUAAUUAAUGAGAAAAAAAAAUAUAUUUUGAAAAAUAUGUAAUAUUUGAAAUAGCAAUCUUAUUAAUUUUGUUUUUCCAUAAGAAAAUCACCGAUAUAGUUUAUUCGUAUAGAUUGCGAUGGUUAUUCGUAUUUUAAGUCUUGGCGGUCGUGCUUAUCGCUACACGAAUUUUCUAGAACAAACUGUUAUUAUUAUUGCGUAUAUAUUACAUGCCUAAUGGCUUUUUAGACUUUAAUGGAUCGAUAUUAUAUAUUGAUGAACGUCCGUUAUACGAACACGAACGUUGUGCGUACAAAAGUUUAUGAUAAAAUAAUAUGUAUUAUUCAUUUGCAAUAUUAUUCAGUGGAUUUGUUAGAUUUUGCUUCGAGUACGCCCAAUUGAAUAUAGUUGGCCCGCGUACACUUUUAGGUACUUCAUAGAAUAAUAAUAUUGUAAUAUAUUGGUGGACAGGCGUACAUUUUUUGGCAAAUUGGACAGGGGGAUGAGUAGAGCUCUAAUUCAAUCUAUUUCGAAUUGCCCAUGCUCUCUGUACGAUGAUGAUGAUGGCGGCGGUUUUGUUUUUGUUGGAUAUCGACCUACCGAUUUGGGUUCGAAUGACGAUUUCAGUCGAUAUUGUCGUUGCGUCAUUUUCGCGUCCGCGGGUUCGUCGAUCUCUUGGUCGAUUUCUUCGUCGGAAAUUUCCGUAUAAUAAUACGUAUUAAUACGGUAGGUACUAUGCCGCUACGCAUCGCACGUGUUUUAUCGAACGCCGCCGUUGCGAAUAUAAUGCAUAGGCAUUGUAUCUGUAUUCAAAAGAGUUUCUGGAAAAAAAAAAAAAAAUCAACAAAACACGUUUGAUAAUAUUCAAUAAUUAUUAUUAUUACGGAGUUGAGGCUCGUUUAAGGUGUUCGUGUGCAAAGACCGCCGCGGUGUGCGCGCGUCCGCGUGUCUGCGUGUACACUCUGUAUGCACGGUCGAAUGGAUUUUUACGUACACCCGUGUAGGUGGUUGUCCUUAGUCGGCAUCGGGUGUCGCGGUUUAUUGUUCUUCCAUAUUAAAAUCCCCCGCAUUCAUCUCUCGGUCGGUCCGUGGCCCCGGUGUCGCCGCAACGAAAAAUCGCGUGCGGCACGAAAAAUAAAGGGGGACCGCGAAACGGUCCGGCGGUUUUCGCCACGAGAAUUUUUUUUUUAAUAAUUACGCGCGUACCUAUGCCGUUUAGCCAAUUUUCGACACGCUUCGCCGUCCCGUUUACACACUCUGCGCACGCUACACAAAUCGGGAUUAUUUUGGGAUUAUUUAACCCCGUUUUUCGGGGUUUUAUCUUCAAAACUGAAAAUCAAUUUUAUUCGAUUUGUAUACGUUACACGCGUUUCGAUUGCGGUAUGUGUACAGUCCAAAACCCCGGAGUUUCGAAAUCAGAAUUUUUCUCAAAACUAAUUCUUACAUUAGUAUGUUAUACUCUCGGUUCUAAAUUAACACUGUAUACAGAGCAAUCGUUUUGAUCAUAAAUACGCGAUUGUCUACGAAGAUGUUGCAUGUUUUUCUAGUUUUAAUAGAAUCUGCUAUUAUCACUUUGGUCUACAUUUCAAACUAUCAUGUAUGUAUCAUAAACAUUAAGCGUAACAAACUAUUUUCUUUUCGAAUACGUGUUUUAAACCGAGUGGAGCCCAAUUAUUUUUGUCGCAUAUUUUCUUAACUGCAACGUCGACAACUCAAAUUAAGUUAUAAACAACACAGCACACUUAUUUAAAACAAUCAACAAUAAGAUCACGUACUCUUAUUCGGGAAAAGACUGGUCGGAGUUUGCCAGGGACAUGUAAUGAUCACUGAAGAAAAGGAUUUAUAUAGAAAGUAUUGAUUAUAUUGAUAUAUUGAUGUAAUGUGCGAGGAGGGACCUUAAAUGGCAUGUUGGAAAGUAAGAAGAAUCGGUGCAUUCAGGUAAAAUCUUGAGCAAACAUGUUAUGUAAGCUUCAGUAGUCUCCGCAGUCAGCCAAUGUGUCCACAGGCCAAGUUAGCCGAGAGGGUAUCUUAUUAAGAUAAGUCGAAUUGGUUUCCGAUUAAAUUUGUUAUGCAUGUAUAUAUUCUUCGAGACUUAAUAGUGCUCGCUGCUUACUGAUUUUAUACUAGGUACAUUUUAUGUUUUAUAUAUUCCGUAUUUAUAGUCAUAUAGGUUUAAAGGGCUAUUGUGCCGUAAAAUGUUAAUAAUAAAUAAAUAAAAUAGGUUCGUAUAUCCAAAUAGAUUGACGUUAUCUUAAUUGAUAAACACAUCUAAGCAAACUUAAGUUUUGCCGCCCCUUAUAUAUGUAAAUACUUUGUCAAAAAUUUUAAAUGACACUGAGCGAGGACCUAUGUCGCCCCCCCCCCUUUGAUUCGGCCCUGAGUAUUUCGGCAGUACGCCAACAUAGAUAAUAAAGAGUGUAUAGGUCAUCCCUAUCCUAGACCUGUACAUUUUUCGUUCAAUAUGACGAACUUGGGCGAUUUGUUUACAUUAUUUUAUAUUAUACGACAACGUGAUAAUAUGGAUAAUAAAUAUAAUAUGAUUAACCAUAACAGUUAUAUGCAAUGUUAUAGUUAGAUUAUUUUUUGGCCUUGGAAGUGAUGCUUUUAAUGUCCCAUUAGACGGGUCCUGCUCAGGUAGUGUUAUCUCAUAGUGGCAAUUGCAAAUAGUGCAAAGGCCGUGGCAUUAACUAUGAUAAUCUAUAAGUGAUGAACAUAUAAUCAUAAACUGUAACUAGAGCGCGCCACUAGAGUGGGCCCCACGGUUGGGGACAUUAACAGCACACAUUUUACCACGGUCUAGGAUGGGGAGUUCCAUAGGCCUUGUUGUAUGUUCAUGUGAUUGAGAUUUAACGUUAUUACGGUGUUCCCGCAAAAUGUAAAUAUAUCACCUGAGUAGUAAAGGACAGUCGUGUUGUGGACUUAAUGUGGCCUAUCCAUUAUUUAUUAUCUAUGUACUCCGAUAUAAAAUUAUUAUCUUGAUAACUGUAAAAUACCCAUCGUAGUAUACUAAAUGCUUAAAAAUUUUCUAUAUAUUUUAGUAUGAUAUUUGAAGUACCUUAAUGUAUACGACGGGUAGAUUAGGUUAUAAACGGGAAUCAGUUCGGUAUCACCUGGCCGAGAACCGGCGUGUAAUCAUGGAGAUGAAAAUAAUUAUUUAAGAGUCUAGCUACUAGUAAAGUGUAAAAAGUUGCGUUGAGUUGCUUGUUGCGAGAGUAUUCCACAAUAUACUAUAAUCAAUGCUAUAAUCAAGAACAGGGUUGCUAAUAUCAGUGCAUAAAAUUGUUUAUAUGUUACAUGUGUAAUAAUAAUAUAGCAAUGAUAAAACUAUUAUACAAGGGCUAAACCAUACGUAUACAUUUUAUUUUCUAUAAUAUUUUUAAUUAUUCAAUAUUGAUUAAUUCCCAUUUUGAUUUCAACUAAUCAACUUCGUUUAUAACUUUUAUAUAAUCUUUACUUAAUUUGAUAUCGAUGCUAUUUUGUUUACUGUUUACGUAAUAUAUUUUAGUCCAACUAGAAAAUAUCUAAAUAAAUAAAAAAUACGCUUCAUUGUAAAAACAAUAUCGUCUCGGAUACGCAUCGGACCUAAAUUAAAGAAUAAUUUGAUAAAACAAAUCACAUCUAUCAUAACAAAUGUAUUUAAAUUUAAAACAAAACGUAUGUUUUUUUUUUAGUACUAUUCAUAAAUAAUAUUGUUCAUUUUAAUAAUGAUUAACUUAUAAAUUAUUAUGCCUGCUAGUUGCUGUUUAGUCACAAUACAAAAUGUAUUAUAUAAUUACUUUUAUACAGUAUGAAACCUAGUAUUUUUGUACUGCACGUUUAAUACGUGUUUUACACUUAACUGUAUUACACAUUUCAACCCUGGGUAGUUUAUGACUUAUCAUUUAUGCAAAAUUGAUCGUGUUGAUUGUACAUACGGAAUCGAAUUCGGUACCAUUUUAAAACAUUGAAAAUGAGAUUCUAUUAAACGAUUCUAUAUAAUGAUAAUUGCUGUUUCGUUGUUCUUUUGAAUCGUCCUGUACGUAUUUAAAUAGAAAAUAACACACUGGGUACGCCCAAAACAAUUUGAACGCAAUUUAAUAUCAUAUAAAUCAUUGAUAUAAUGUCACCAGGUCACCAGCAUGUAAACCACCCAUACUACCUAACACAUACUACCUAACUAUAACUGUAUAUCGAAGAAACUUUUUUAAAUUCUUAUUUCUUCGGCGAUUUGUGUACAUAUUUUACGCCUAUUGUGAAACUUGUUAAAUAUUCGUUUUGUUAGACUUCGAUAUUGUUUAGCUUUAUAGAAUUAUAAUAUACUACUAGGUACUUGCCUUUGCCUGACGUUACCCAUGCCAAUUUAUUCACCUCUUUAAAAACAGUCUUCUUUAAAGAAUCCUUUCAAAAACCGAAAUCGAACGAAAUUCAAUUUAAGUUUUCAUACCCCCGCUUUUAUCACAGUUGUAUUUCUCGGUCCGUAACUAAAUUAACUUAUAUAAUAACUGUUCCUUUUUUUUUUUUUUUUUCGAGAAAAUUGAAUCACAUUGGAAUAACCAACGAGUGAAUGGAAAAAAAAUCAAUUUUCAAUUUUAUGAGAAUUACCGUUUUGAGGGUUGAAUUUCGGGGGAAUAUUCGAGUGGGGUCCGCGGUGUUAUUUGACAGUAUUGUAUAAUUAUUGUGAAAUAACAAUAUAAAUAGUAACAUAAUAGUCAAAAUAAUAUAUCUUAGACACUUAAUCAAAUUAUGCAUAAUAUCUAAAAGUAAAAUCCUUAUCUUCACAUGGCGUAAAUGGCACGUCGAUAAAGACGAUGAAGGUUAAUGAGACAUAUUGCCCUGGUCGUUGGGGGUUUUAGUGUUUCACAUGUACUCACAAGUACAUUUCGAUGUUUAAUAAAUUAUAAUCAAAUAUUUUUAAUUUAAAAAAAAAAAAAUGGUAUUUAUGUUGAAAAGCUGUGGGACUUGGGAUUGUUGGAUUUAUAUUUUGAAACCAGAUUUAAAGUAAUAACCUUAAAAGUAGCUAGAGAAUAUUUAAUAUUUUCUAUAUUCGGAUCCGCCAAAUAUUGAAAAUUGAAGAAAACAAGAAUUUAUGUAUUUUGUUUGUUCAAGUAUGUUAUUAAUUUUUGUUAUUGGAAAAUUACUCUGGUUGUUUCAGUAAAGCUGUUAAAAGUUUUCAGUUUGUUUUCAAAAUUUAAAUCGAUCAAACCCAAGUCAUAUAGUUCUGUCUGGAUUUGGCUUGUUUUACGUAACUUUUUGGAUGUAGACUUGUAGACUUUCGAAUGUAGCCAAUAAGGUCUUAGUUUAAAUUUAAAAGUGUUCUUUUUUUAAAACAGUCAUUGGUUAGUAAAAGUGCUUAGAUAUUUUUGCUCUAUACCUAUAAAAUAUGCCGAAUUUUCGUCCGGCGUACUUGAAAUGGACUUAUGAAAUUUUCAACAGUGCACCCCUUAGAUCUUUUAGUUUUUUCCAAAAACUUUAGUUUUUUUUGUUGAUACGUCAGUAUUAUUUUUGUCGAUUUCCGCGUUACAUUUAGGCUACAAGGAAAAACGGGGCUCGGGACUUAGAAUCGGUUUUUGAUCGCAAUGACUUAUCGAUGCUUUCGGUACAGUGUAUACAUAUUGCAGUACGUGCGCAUUUUUUUUUCUUACUCGCUAUUUCUUUGUCGUUUGUCUAUUUUUUUUUCUUUAGAUUUCUUUUUUUUCAACAUUGCAGUUGUUUUCGUUUCGUUCUAUUAUAUUUUUACCCCCUCGGGACGCGAAAAAUUACAUUAUUAUCGAAAACGUGCGUGUUGAUGCGAUGCGACGAAAGCAGGUCCACAAUAAUAAUAAUUGAUAACAUAAUAUUAUUUUAUAGGUACGAUAAAAAUUAUUACACCGUCGUCGUUUUUGAGAUUGUAUCUCGCGGCCGUAUACGAGACGAGUUGUGAAAAUAUUAAUAGUCGGCUCGUUUUCUCGACGGCGGCGAACACACACACGCGUACACUAACCGGUGGAGGGGGGUGGAGGGAGCGAGACUCGAGUGUACAAUAUUAUUAUUAUCAUUAUCACAAUUCACAGGCAAACAUCGGUAAAAUAGCAUCGGUUAUGGCAAGAAAUCUCGUUUCGACGAUGGACAGUUUCUUUUCGACCCGGUUACCAUGCCGCCGCCGUUUUUUUUUUCGAACCAGAAUCGUCGCAGUCAGGUCAUCGUACUCGUCGUCGCGGCUAUAUUUUAGUAAAACGGUCGUAUCGGUACUUCCGUUUUCGCGACGAUCGCGUGUGUGUGUCCGUAUAGCUGGUCGACUGCAAAUAAUAUCGAACGGUUUUUUUUUUCUUUUGACGGAUUUUUCAGUAGACAAUAAAACAAUACGUUUUCUUAUAUGUGUGUGUAUGUUUAAUACUACGAUUAAUCGUUUUUGCGUAACUUUUAAAUAAGCGUUUGUUAACCCGUCAUAUUACACGACACUGACUUAUUUGAGCCUAUAAUUAUUUAUCGUCUAGCACAUCGUACGACGAAUAUGACAUCUCUUCUAUCGCAAUUAGAACAUUUCCCACCGCGAAUUUAAUAUAUGUGUGCGAAAGUGGUACCAUUAAAUGCGGCGCGAUAUCGAUGGAUUAAAUGAAAACAAUUAUAUUAAAAAAUCUGAAAAUCAGCUAACCUCAUAAUUGUUCAUAGGCGUGCGCACACGGUUUGCCGGAUGUGCCUGGGCAUUGCCCAAAAAUUGUAUGAAAACAUUUUUUUUUUGCUAUUAUGUCGACAUAAGACAACAGUAGUUACAAGUUUUAUGUUUUGUAAAAUUGUCAUCACUUUUUUUUUUCGUUAAUUUAAAAUCUAGUUCAUACAUUUCAACUUUACUGCCAAUUUCGUUCUUAUCUUUUACGACUAUGUUACCAAAUAUACUGUCUUGAUUGUAAUUAUCCAUGUUGUUUACUCAUAGGAUAUGAUUAUCGAUUGAAGAUUACAAAGAAACUUUUACUUCUAUUUUUUUGUAGUGUAUGAUAUUUAAUUAGAUAAUUGAUAUAAUUAUGAAAAUUAGUUUAAAGACGUGUAUAGAAUUAAUUAUUAUUUUGUAUUAUCUAAAGUACUCGUUAUCUUUAGUAUUGAAAGGUAAAAAUAGUUGAUUGGGGGGGAGGGGGGAUUCACCUAUUAAAUUAAUUUUUCUUGGGUAUGACCUGAACUUAAAGUCUGCGUACUCCUAUGGAAGCGUUAUCUAGUUAUUAAAAAUAUUUAUAUAUAUAUACCUACGAAAAAUACUUAAAAAUCUACUAAUUAUAUGCGUAUUAUGGUUCGAGAAUUAAAAAUCGUAUUAAUUUAGUUUCUGUAUUAUAGUAUGAUAAUUUUAAUUAUUUAAAUCACCUUGUCGGUUGCGCUUAUAUCGCUCUGGUUUUUCACGAAUUUUCUAGAACAAACUCGCAUAUUGUUGUUACGUCAAAGGCGGCGUUUAAAGGGGAAGGGCAAUUUGUUCUAGACAUUUUGUUUUACUGUACAUGUAAAUACUUUUUUCUAUUUAUGUAUAGGCAUAUAUAUUGUAUAUAUAUAUAUAUUUUAAAAAAUUGACCUCCCUAGGCAAAGAACUAAAUCCUCCACUGUGUUGUGUGUUGUAUACCUAAUGUCUGUUUAGACUGAAACGGAUCGAUAUCAAUAUUGACGAAAGUUCUUUAUAUACAAACAGGAACGUCAUGCAUACUAAAGUUUGUGAUAAAAUAUUUAUUAUUUAUCUAUAAUGUAUUUGUUGGUUUUUUUUUUAGCAGGUACGCCCAAUUAAAUAUAUUGUUGGCCCGCGUACACUAUUAGAUACUUCAUAGUAAAAUAUUGUAUUAUAAUGGUUGACGGACGGACAUUUUUUGGCAUAUCAGACAGGGGGAUGAGUAGAUGGAUUCAAUCUAUUUCGAAGUACCAAUGCUCUUUAAAUAGGUGGUACCAUAUUAAACGUUGGGCGAAAUUUCUUAUAGAAUCGACGUAUUAACCAAAAAAACAAAAGGACAUACUUUACACACAGUCGAUGAGCUCACUUUAGGUGAGAAGUUGGGAAGAUAUAGAGGGGAAUCUAAUAUGUAUAUAUAUUAUAUAUCUAUACGCAAGAUUAAUGAUUGCUAACGAAAAACGAUUCUGAGAAGACUCCGAUUAUCCAUGUUUUAAAAAACCGUUUAUUAUUUACGAUUUUCGUCAAAAUUUGAUAUUAAAAUUUUUAUAAAAAUAAAAAUACUUUAUUACACAACUAUAUACACAACUUUUUUUCUUAUUGACCUCUUAGUACUACAUAUAAUGUAUCUCCUGUUUAAUUUUCAAACGUUUCUAUUUGGCCUAUAACAGCUUGUAUCUACAGAGUAUACCCACUGAAUAAAUAUUACGUAAAAAAAAAAUUUGUAAAAACUUUAAAUGUCUAGAAAAGGAAAAUAUAAGUUUUAUAUUUAAAUUCCAAGUUUCAACGAAUAUUUUGAAUUACAACAAAAACACUAAAUUUUAAAUAAUAAAAGCAAUUAAUUUCCCCGUUUUUUCUAUGUUUUUCGAAAAUUAAAAAAUAACUUUGUUAAAGUACCAAUCAGAAAAAAUUCCCUUUCAGAAAAGGUGCUAUACUUGAAACACUGAAGCGAGAUUUUUGGUUAAAUUUUUGUACACUGUUUAAAAAAAUAAAAAAAAGAUAGUAAAACCAAUACUUUCCUCGCUUUACUCAGAAUCUGUAAUAGUUAAAAUCUGACUUCUCAUGUUUUUCACAAAAACUGUCCAUUUAUUAUCAGAGUUCGGAUUUUAUAGCACUUUAAAGUACCGAAAUAUACACUAUAAUUUUGCUAUUAACAAUUGUUUAAUUAUUUUAAAUUGAUAAUAAAUAAUUAAUUUCUUAUUUGAGUUUAUGACCAGGCAUAGUUAAUAUAAAGAAUGGAUGAACGGGACACGUCUAUAUAUAUAUCGUGAUUGUAUGGAGUUGAGAUCUUUUUUCAUAUUACCCUCUAAGUGUAUGGGGUACUUUUUGAGGUAAUAUUUUUUUUUGUUCUAUGUCAUGUUGGCUGUUACUUAAAGUAACCUGUUUACUGUAUUUUAUAAACCAGCCGUUUUGACGAUUUUGGUUUUUAGUUUCGUUAUAAUAACAUGGUUAUGCUAUACAUUACUGAAAUAUCAUAACCUAACAAAAUCAACAUUUAUGAUGUUUUGUUAUUGAUAAAGUAAUGAUUAUAGAUAUCUAACCAGUACUUUUUUUCAUAUUUUUUUUUACGAUCAUAAUUCUUAAUUCAACAUUUUGGUUUUUCAGUUUAUUUCAUUAAGUCUUAAUAAUGUCAAGUCAUGUGUCACAUUUUUAAAUUUCGUAUCGUUAUAUUUAUUAUCGUAUUAUGUAGGUAAUGUUAAAAAGGUAACUUAUUAAAAAAACUAAUUUAACGAUCGGAACAAAAGAUAUUUAAAAUACAAUUUUUCAGGAAAGAGUAGCAUCGAAACUUGGAAAAUAGCACUGGAAAUCUAAAGCGCUUCAAAUAAUAUGCAAAGUAAAAUUUUUUUCUCAGAAUUCCCGAUGUGUAAAACAAAUGUAUAUCUCACUCUAUUAUUUUUAUUUGUACACAAUAUAACCAUUAGAAAAUACUUUAGAAUCAUCUGAACCAGAUCUAUGUAUACUGCGAAAUUGUCGAAAACACGGCGCUAUAAUCUAUUACGGGCUGAAUAAAUUGAUUAUUCUAAUUAUUUACGUAGAGAUUUAAAAACAAAAAUUACUAAAAAUCUAGGGAAAACUUGUAACUAGGUAUGUUCCUAAUAUUAAAAAAAAAAUACACCAUAUUUUUGUACAUAAUAUUAAUUUUUAUUUUUACUAUUUUACUCGUUAUCAUUUUUCCUUUUUCUUCUUCGCCUUUAUCUCAACUAUUUGGAGUUGGCCACCUUCGUUCUAAAUUUUCACUUGACCCGGUCUUCUUUCUUGCAUAUACUAGCUGUCCUUAUGUUAUUCUCAAACGUAUCCAACCAUCUCGUUUUCAGUUUUUAUUUCCCUUUUUCGUCCUACGUUUAUUUUCAUUCAAAUUGCUGCUUCAUAUUCCUCUCCCCCCAUAACAUGUCCAAAUUAUCCCAAUCUAUUUUUUUUCAUUUUGUCUACUAUCAAUGCUUAACCUCUACCUUUUAUUUACUUAUUCCUUAUCUUAUUUUGUCUCGACUUUCCACAGCCCAUCCAUCUAAGCAUUUUCAUCUUUGCUACACAGAUUCUCUGUUCUAUAUUUCUGUCUAACUUGUUAUACCAUUUACCGCAUUAUUUAAACCUAUACUUAAUAAAUUGUAUAAACAAUAAAUAUGUAAGUAAAUUGUUAUCCUCAAACAUGCUUAUUGUAAAAAUGUAUUUAUAGAUUGUAUUUAUUGAAAAUAAAAGUUACAAAAAAAAGUACUCUUUAAAAUUUGGAUGAAUAUUCUUAAAAAAUAUGUAUAUAUAUAUAUACAUAUUUUACUACCACUGUAUGUAAAUACAGUAACACCGAACCUAAUUUAAGGGGUGUACGUCCUAGAAUUGAUAGUUUAGUAUAAAACAUUGCACAUUUUACAAUUAAUAUAAGGAUCAGUAGACAUAAUAUUAUGUAAAAUAACGCGAACUAGUCUAUUCCUAGAUUGCCGUAGCGUGCAUUUCUAUGUGAUUCCAUUAGUACUAGCAAAUAACUAUUUGACUUCAACUAUUAAAUUAAUAGUUUUAGAUAAAUAACUCAUAGUUCCUAAUUAAUUGUAUAUUUUAUAUAUAUGGUCAUUAAUUCUAGGGCGAAAACUAGAUAGAUAGGUUUUCCUUCAAUUUGAGUUAUUUUUAGUCAGCACAAAUAAAUAAAAUAAAAUCUAUAUCAGUAAGUACUCCAUUGUAUUUAUAGUCAAGUACUUAGAUUAUAUUUGGUAUUAAUUUUAUCAAUUCAAUAUUUUUAAAAUGUUUUUAUCCUGAAAAGUUUAUAAACGUGGACUUAUCAUUUAUUAUCGCCCCUAAUAAUAUUUUUCUACGGACAAUUUUUUCAAGUUGGAAAUUAAAUUCCCUAUAAUAGAAUUUAAGUAAAUAAAGAUUGAAUACAUAAGAAAAAUAAAAUAAAGCUGAACCAAUAUUCCGUGUUUAAUUAUUCUUGAUUGAUUUUGAUUGGACCUAUUUAGGACAUUUCAUCCUGGACUUAUUAUUAUUUUUGAACAUUGUCUUUUCUAUUAUUCUGACACGGGUUGAAAAUUUGUCGAAAUUAUUGUUGUAAUCUCUGUAAUACGUCAAUAAUAAUACCUGUUCUAUAUAAACCAAUGAUAAUUAUUAUAAUAAUAUUUUUAUUACUUAUUAUAUGUAUACACGAAAGAUGGUUGGGUUACUACAAGGGGGGCAGGCCAGGUGGGUUAAAUUAGUGUAGAAGGUGAUUCAUCGCGUGAUGUGUGUGUGUGUAUUACAUGGGAAAGCUACCGCAAGGUCAUUGUCCAACAUCAACACCUACUGGUAUUUUUUUUAUUUAUUUUUUUUUUCUGUGUGUAUGAUGCAUUCUGUAAAUGCGUGUGUUUGCCGGUGACUGGAAAAACUCCUCGCGGUAUGCCCGAUUCUCCUACACAAUGAGAACAAAAUAUAUUAUUAUUAUUAUAAUUACAAUAAAAAGGAGGAUUCACACCGGAGCUUUUAUCGUUGACUAAUCGGCGGCGAGAAGAAACGCGCUAUUUGAAUGUUUGAUAAUAAUGAUUAUUUGGCUUGUCAGUGUUUUUUAAACGCAUACACGAAACUAUUGCCCGCAUCGAUGAUAUCGAAGCGACUACUUUUUGCCAUUUUCCACGAGAAUUCCAAUUGCAUAAUAUUUAGAUAUUAUAUUGUUAUGACGUUAUAUCAGUCAGAAUAUUUUGGUAAAGUAUUAUAUAGUCCAAUAUAUUAAUAUCUCGAACAGCGACGGCUAUUAUUCAGUAAAUGGUCCAAGCGUUGCUUCGGUAACGCGUACGAAAUUCGGUGGGUGGUUUGGUAACAUUAUGGGAUUGAUUUCUCUCAGUUUUAUUAUAUUUUAUAGUUUUUUGUAUACUAAAUUAUAACUUUAUAAUGUGUCCUAUGAAAGUGGGCGGGUGGUUACAGGUUCUUAAAAAUGUCCUCAGUGCCGUAACGAUAAUUAUUGUUUGAAGACACCCGCUACCACAGAUAUUUAGUGAUACCUAACCUUGAGACGCAAAAGUAAAUGAUAAUAAUUCAUAACUAUAAAAAAGCGGACCGUGUCUUGUUCAAAAGUAAAUAAUAGUAAUAAUUCAGCUCUUAAAAAAAUAGCGGACCGUGUCUUGUUCAACGCUUGUUCAAUAAUCUAGUUUAUCGUCUAUAAAAUAUCUGUGGUUUCAAUAGUUCGUACUGAAUGAUUUUUUUUUUCUGUGUUGCUACCAUAAUCUUCAGAAAAGUGUUGGUAAAUUUGUUAUGUCGUCGUCAAUCUUGCCAGCGCCAGUCUACGAUAUUAGUUAAGGCUUAACCGUCGUUGAAAGCUCCUCUAUAGUGUGAAUCCCCCUUAAUUCGGUAUUAUGUAUAUUUAUAUUAUUCAUUAUUCAAACGUCACAGAACGAUCGCGUGAUGUCGUCGCCGUUAUUUAAUCCGAUAUAGAAUUUUCUCUAGAAUCUUUGCUUGUCGUAUAAAUAAUAAGUAGGUACUUAAACCUAUUGAAAAAUAAUUAUUAACCGACAUCUGGCGUACACUUACGCGUAUUCGACGUUAAUGAAAUGUAAAAAAAAAAAAAGAGAGAAUGAAGGUGACAACAAAGUAUAAUAAUAUGUUACUUGACCUAAAAACGAUCGGCUAUAAUAUUAUUAUAUAAUAUAGAUGUAGACGUUAUAAUUUAUUAUCGAAAACAAUUUUCAAUCGUCUCUGUAACAUCGUUUUAUAAUAUCGCCGGUUUCGUGGCAAAACCUCGUGAGUAGAUUCCAUAACAUUUUACGAGAUAAGUGAAAAACUGUAGCGUACUGUGCCCUACAUAAAAAUUUCAUUAUUUUUUUUUCACUUUACCAUUUAAAUAAUAUAUCGAAUAGAUGCCAAUCUAUUCGAUACCAUUUCCGAAAUAGUAUUUUUCGAUGUAGAAAUUUGACUUGCGAGUAUGGAUUUUCUGAAAAAUUGAUAUAAAACGAUUAUAACAAACUGUUUGGUCGAAAACCUCGUAAGUCGGUUUAAGUUUUAUAUAUAAUUUUUUUUCGGAUACCUAAUGUUCUUAUCAGUUGAAAAUACCAUGAAUAUUUUUUAAUCAAACUUUGUAGAAUAAUGCAUUUUUAUAAAAUGAAAAAUACAAACAAAUCGUUAAUGAUAUAUUUAAUUGAUCUAUAACCUCACCCAUCGAGCGAUCGGAAUUUUAUAAGUACGGAAUAAUUUUGGUUUUUUUUUGUUUUUGUAUGUUCAUUAAAUUUCUAGUAAUAUACUCGGCUAUAUAGAAAAACGCGCAAUACUAUUAUAAUAAUUGCAGGUACGAUUUUUUUUUUUUUUAAAUCUAUCUAGGUAAUCUGUAUAAAAUGUGCUUCCUAAAACAGUUUUUGUACUGUACAUUUUUACCGGAAAUAGAUUAUUAUUAUAUUUUUUUUAGAUUCUGAGUGAAGUGAAGCUAUAGGAAUGUAUUGAUCGUACUUUAUGAUAGUAUAUUUUAUAAUAUGAGCACAGCGAGGAAUUGUAUUAGUUAUAUACCUACUAUGAUAUAUGAUUUUGUUUGUGUUUUCUUUACCAGAAAUCAUGCUGCAAAAAAAAAAUACGAUAUGAGAGCUUUAUUGUAUCAUUUUGGAUCUAGUCCUGUGUACUGAUGAGGUCAUUUUUUGAUUUGUCCUGAAGUUUUCCUAAUAAAUGGAAAAAAUGGUAAUUUUUUUUGAUUUAUUGAUUACAAGAACAAAAAUUCAACUAGGUAAUAAUGCUCUGCGCAGAAUCGCUUUUCGACAACUUAAGUUAAUCAUUGCGUACAAUUAAUAUAUAUUAAAUUACUGUGCAGUGUAUUCUCCUUCUAAAACAAUGAUACACCCACCAGCAAUAUCAGCUUUUCUUUUUUUGCUUGAAGGUAAAUUUAUAUAAUUUCAUGUAUUUAUGUACCUAUCUAUCUAUUAAAUAAUAUAAUACUAGAUUUUAAAAUUUAUUUCGUUAUCGAUCAGCCGUGUAGAUUACAAUAAAUAUAAAUAUUAUUCAUCAUUUAUUAUCCUUGUUUUUUUUUUUUGUUAAUAAUAAAAUAUCGUGUUUUAAAUACGUGUAAAUUUAUUCGCCGAAUAGAUUAUAAAAUAAAACAAUCUCACCGCAAUAAUUAUUACAACUGAUAUUCAUCGUGAUAUAUUAUAACCUCUAUGAAUAUGUAAUUUAAAAACAAAUUAAUAAUAUAUUUACUACUUCUUGAUAAUUAUUAUUGCGGCCUACUUUUCCAUAAUAAUACACAUUAUAAAUUAAAAUAAUUUGUUCGUUGUUUAUAAACAUUUAUUAUUCAAAUUUUCCAUAGUAGAAAAAUUUAGACCGUCAUAAAUGCAUGCGUUCCGAAAACAAACGAUAUUUUUCAAAAGUUAAGAAAUACCUAAUAUGAAAUUUGUAGAAAACGAUAUUUAGGGGAGACGUGAUAUCUCAUUGGAGUUUUUAAAAAAAUCAAUAAUAGUUUGAAAAAUGAAAAAAAUAAACAGGAUUUUAAACUUUGGAUACAUAGCUGAAAAUUAUUUAAACAAUCGUUGAACCCAAAUGAUUCUGAAUUUUAUUAUUUUAUUAUAAUAUAUAAUAAUCAUAUAUCUGGUAAGCUUUUAUAAUUGUUUACCAUUAUUUGUCUAAUUCCUUUAAGGGUAUGUUUAUUUUAACACGUGUUAUACUGAAAAUAAAAAUAUUUUGAGUUGUACUAAGAUUAGCUCUUUGUUUGUCGAGAAUAGUAUAAGUCAUACAGUUAUAUAGGACUUAAGCCAUUUAGAACGUUAUUUAGGUUAGACCAUUUAGUUAUUUAACAGUUAUGUCAUUAUGUUGUUUAACAAUUCCUUACGUUUAAUUUGUUUAUAUUGAAAAUUAUAUAAAAUUGACUUAAUCCUUUUUUUCCCCCGAGACUAAUAUACAUACUUUUAUAGACUUUUAUAUGUAUAUGACGGAUAAGGUCGUAAAUUAAAUUACUUGAUAUUAGUUUAUAAAAAAAAAAAACUUACAAGUUAAUGUGUUUAAAAUAUUGUUUACCGGAUUAUACACCGUGUUUCUUAAAUCCAAUUAGCCUUUUAUUAUUAUUUUUUGAAUAAUAUAUUUUUUCCCCUUUAAAAUACGUUUAUUUUUUUUCGUCUUUGUUUUACUCGACCAAAAUAUUUCAUUUUCAGUUAUUGUAAAAAAAAAUAUAUACACGAGUACAUGAGACCACUGUCUAGUAUAAUAUAGUAUUGUGUUGUGUGUGCAGGACGAACGUGAAUUAUUUACGUUUCGUGUUGUAAUCGCCGUCGUUCAUCGAUUUUCCAUAUUCGAUUAUUUAGUAGGUACCCACCACUACUACUCGUUAGCAUCAAACCGCAGAUGAUUACUAAUAAUAUUAUAAUCAUUCACGUCAUGAUUCAUCCGGCAUUAUAGCGUCGAGACGUCUGACCAAACUCGAUGGCGUUCGUACGGAAUUUCAUCGAUUUUUAAUGUGUUCUGUCUAUUAUCAUUUUUUCAAUUCCAUAAUGAUACACUCUGUAUCUGCAAGAUUGCGUAUAGGCAAUUGUUGUCAAAAUCUCGCAGAUACGCCUGUAUAUAAAACAAUAUUUAAUGCUUACCUACCUAUUUUUUCUCGAACAUCUGUUCGUUGUAAUAUUAUUGUAGGUAUUUUGUGUGUGUGUGUGUGUGUGUGUGUGUGGGUGUUGUAAUAAUUUUUCGUCAUAUUAUUAUUACUUUAUCGGUCGAGUCUGUUAAUAAUAUUGUGUAGUGUCGGGAUGUUAUUAGUUAGUUAUAUAACGUAAAAAUCGAUUUAUAAAAUCUCACUUUACUGUCUUAGAAUUUUUGAUCCGCUGUUCCAAAAAAUUAAGUAAAAAGAAAGCGGACCUACUUUGCACCAUAGGCCAUCACUGUCGUAGGUGUGAGGUCGGGAAGGUUUAGCAUAUAUUUACAAGUUAGUAAAUUAAGCGUUUGUAACAUACUAUAUAAAAGCAACGAUCAAUCAUAAUAUUGUAACCAAAAACCGAUUCUGAGUGUUGGUCGUGUUUUCUCAAUCUUUUUAUACGCGUAGCCCAGAAAUCAACAAACGUAAAACCGUCUAUAUGGUCAUUUUGUUGUAGGUUUUUUUUUUAAAUUUGUUAAAUUCGUUCCAAGUUACGAACAAUCGUUCAAAUAAUGGUGUACCUCGACUUUUUUUACCUUCGUUUUUUACUAACCGAAAUAUUGUUCGCACAACACUCUUCUCUUAAUUCGCCGCACUUGGAAUCUAAAAAUGAUAAACUAUUAUUCGUAUUAUUAUAAUUACUGCGACACGGAUAAAUUGGUAAAUAGUUAUUAAAUGGCUGAGGACACGGCCACUAGACGUGGUGUGCGGUUAGACACUUUAACGUUUGUAAAAUAAAUUGCUUGUCAAGAUGUUUGAUAUAUACCCGUUAGUAUAGUGCCAAUAUUUUCAGUUUAGUUCUAAAAACAUUAGGUCAGGUAAUAUGUGUACGUUUAUUUGUUAUUUACAUUAUAUUUUGAAAACUGGCGAAAAAUAACCAGGAAUACACACGUUGUUAUUAUAAUAUACUCGCUUUAUCUUUUUCGCCAUUUUUUUAAUUGAAUAUUGAGAUUUUUUUUUUCUUUGAAAUAAAAGGUGAAAAAAAUGUUUAAAACACCGGUUUCGUUACGUUUUUCUACUGGUGACUAUUAUCUAUUACAGUGUAUACUUUUACCUAUAAAAUAUAUACGCGAUAACUCGAUGUCACACCGUACCGCGUAAACUGAUAGGGGAAAAACCAAAAUGUUUUUGUUUUCGGAACGAAUUUUGUUUCAAAAACCUUAUAGAAACGUUAAGUCAAUGAAAAAAAAAAAGCUGUUCUAGGAUAAUGUGGACGGGUGCAGCCACUGUUGCAGGUAAAAAGUUGGGAAGGUAGGAUAUAAAGGGGAAAUUAAUUUGAAUCUGUAAGCAACAAUAAACCAUUGCUAACGAAAAAACGAUUCUGACCGAAGUUCAGUUGAUAGUGAUGCUUGGUCAACAAUAUGCGUGUCAUAUUAUGGUAAAAUAAUUAAAUAGACAUUGUAUAUUUUCUUUAAUAAUAUGUUUUUAAUAUUUUAACGUUUUUCCCGGUUUUUCACGUCGGAGUCUCCGUCCCGGUCUUUUUGGUAGGAAAAGUGUUUACUUUUGUAAAACAUCUUUGUAAAACCAAUACAUUCUUAGCUCCGCUCAGAAUCUAAAAAUGGUCCCGGCUUACAUCGUGAUCGUCUCGCGAUGAUUUUCGAUUAUUUAUCGAAGUCAAAAUGUUUGUGUUUCGUCGCGGUGUUGCGGGGUCAUUGGCGUGCGCGCGGUGUUGGCAAAUAUUAUUAUUAACGCCAACAAAAUGUAGCAUUUUUUCUCGUUUGUACGUCUAUUUAAGUCUCUCUAUAAAUAUAUAUCGCGACGCACGAUGGCGACCAGGAAAAGGAAAGGAAGGCCUCUAUUAAUAAUCUAGCACCGCCGUCGCGGCUUUGGACAUUUUCAUUUCUGUAAACCGUACAAGGUCAACUUUGUUGUGCCGCGAUAUAUUUUAUCAUUUUCUACUAUUCGGCUGUCAGUGAUGGUGUACCUCUAUAGCUAUUUGUAAUAACAUGUAAUAACGUUUGUAAUCGAUCAAACAAAAGCGCCAUAGCCCAUAAUACUAUGCAUACAGUUUAUGUUGGAAUAAUCGCGCGUAAUAUUCGAAUGAAAACCAUUUCACAAACCCGUUAUCUGGUGAUAUAUUAACAAGUCUGAUUACUUUUAUUGUGUUUAUCGGACCGUGUCACCGUACGUGGAGCAACAAUGGUCAAUUGUGUGUAUGUACACUACAGCGACGGUGAACUUAUUAUAUAGUAUAAUAUUUUUGUAUUCUGACAUUAGACACUAUUGUCGCGGAACAGACUAUGACACACUAUGACAACAAUAAUAAUACCUACUGAUUUUGAAACGUUUUUCACAAAAUAGUAAUCGAAACGUAUUUUUGAUAUUUUUCAGAACAGUAUAUUUUUAAGCUCCAGAAAAUACACAAUACAGUAUGUCCGGAGAUUAUUAUUCCCUAUUGGGAGUCACAUCAAACGCUUCGUUAAACGAUAUAAAAAAAGCGUAAGCAUUAUAUAUUUUUUUUUUUUUUUGAACGAAUUUUUCAAUGGCGUGUAAACAAAUCUCUGCAAAAGAUUAUAUAUAUUUUGUUUUUUAGUUACCGAAAAUUAGCAUUAAAAUGGCAUCCAGACAAAAAUCCAGAAAACCAGGAACAAGCGAACAAAAUGUUUAAAGAGAUUUCUGAAGCCUACGAAGUGUUAUCUGAUGGUACUAUAAACAAUUUAUAGUUUUAUAAAUAAUCUACCUACCUAAUGUACUUAUACAUUUAUUAUUGUAUUUUAUUCUGUGUAUGAGAUGAGGUCAUUAGCUUUUAAAGAAACACUACAAAAAAACUGAACUUGUUUAAAACAUAACUUAAUGCCGGAAUUUUCAACCACUAAUAAUAAUUAAGAGCUAAUUGUUUCUCACACAAAAAAAAGUCUGUAAUGAUGAAUAGAUUUUAAAAAUUGUAAAUCACGUAUGAUUUUACAAACGAAAGUGUAAUAAUAAUAUGCGUUAGAGUAAAUAGGUUAUUCCUGUAUAUAUAAAUAUAUAUAUAUUGUCUAUAUGUCUAACAGAGGCAAAACGAAAGUUAUAUGAUGAACAGCGUAAAAGAAAAUCGUCCGCAUCGUCCAGACCAUUCUUCUACAACUUCUUUGAAAGCCCGUUUCAUCGUUAUUUUGGUAGAACCCCUAAAUUAUAGUUUACGUUGUGUUGAUCUAAUAAUAAUAUGCCAUUCAAAAUUUAUAACACCUACCAGUUUUAAACCUUACUAAACAAAAAACCCAAUACCAUUGGAGCUGGAGCAUGUAAUCAAUUAGUAAUGGCGCUUUUUUAACGCGCUUAAUCAUUUUUUUUUUUUUUUUUUUUUUUCAUUAUCUACCUAAUACUAACAUUUGUACGAUUAUUAUUGGUUAUUAUAUGUCAUUUGUUUAAAUUAUCAGAUAAAAAACGCAAAGUUUAUAACCAGUAUGGCAAGGAUGGUCUGAUAAAUGGUGGAUCUUCAAAUCGCCGCAGAAACCAUCAACGACACCCUGGUCACUAUGAUCCUUUUGGCCAAGAUUUUGGACCCGGUUUCUUUAGUUUUUCUUUCAGAGACCCUGAAGAUGUGUUCAGAGAGUUUUUCAACACGUCGGACAUUACAGAUCUUUUAUUUCCUGGUAUAAAAUUUGACACAUUUUGUUUUGAUAUAAGUCUACAACCUCUGAUAAACUGUUUUAUUUCUUUGAUUAUUUUACUUUUUUUAGGCUCAAGGGCCAAUCAAGAAGUGUCUAUGAUGAAUCCAUUUGGAUUCGGUGGAUUUGGAGGCGGUUUUGGUUCUGGAUUUGACAAUAUGUUUUCGAUGGCAAAUGCUGGGUUCGUAGGUCAUGGAGUAGGAGGUAGUGGUGGCAGUAUGAAAAGGACAUCAAUAUCCACCCGGUUUGCAAAUGGAAAAAAAAUUACGACAAAAAAGUAUGUAGAAAAAUUGGAUCAUGAAAAUUUAAACUUUCUUACUUAAUUAAUUUAAUUAUUUUCAUAAAAGUAAUACAUGUUUUUAUAAGUUAGUUUUUGUGUUUUUUAGAAUUUCUGAAGCGGGUAAAGAAAUAGUGGAAACGUACGAGAACGAUAUGCUCAAAUCUAAGACUAUCAAUGGUGUGGCACAAGCGAUUACGUAUGGCCGUUAGCUUGAUCUCUCUUCUCAUCCAAUUCUCUACUAUAAAAACCAUUAAUAAGCAGAUAAUAAUAAAUUAAAUUAUGUAUCGAAUAUAUAUCUAAUUAUUAUAAAGGGAAAUUUUAUAAGUUUUGAAUUAAUUAUUUUUUUUUUAUAAUAUAAAACAUGUUAGAACUUAAAUUUUUCUAUUCUGAAGUAAUACUAGCUGAUAAUUGUUUAAUUAUUAUUAUUUUUUUUUUUUUAAUAGCUGAGAAAUUGUAUUAAGAGAACAUAAAACUUAAUUUAUUUAAAGCACGUAAUAUUUACAGACUCCACAAUUAAUAAGACUUACACUAUUUUUAUGCGCUUUGGUAAUUUAAUGAUUAUUAUUAUUAUUACUAUUAUUAUUAUUAUUAUUAUUAUUAUUAUUAUUAUUAUUAUUAUUAUUAUUAUCAUUAUUAUAUUACUUAAUAUUCAAUCGGCGAAGAAUAUUCAAAACUUUACGCCUGAUGUCUAUGAUAUUUUAGAAUAAUAUUAUAAUUAUUUAAUGUAAUUGUUAAAAAAAUGAAAAAAUAAUUGAUUUUUCUUUAUUCUAGAAUAAUAGAGGAUUUCACCAUCAUUUAUUGUGUUGUCUGAAUGAAAAAUGAAUACGAUAACACAUUUUGUUUUAUGGUGCAUCACCAUUAUUGUACUUAUAUUAUUAAUAUAUAAAAAAUAUUAAAUUUAAAAAAAAAAAAAUGC